UUUAUCUCUCCUAUAACCGAAGCAACAAACAUCUCAAGGAGCAGCAAAACGAACCAUGGAUCACUCCGGCCACGACCACAGCACCCACAUGGACCACUCCGGCCACGGCGACAUGCACUCGGGUCAUCCUGGGAUGGGCGAAGGAGCGCCGAGGUGUAGCAUGAACAUGCUCUUCACCUGGAAUACGGAGAACCUCUGCAUCGUCUUCCGCCAAUGGCACAUCCAGUCGACCUUCAGUCUUGUAGUCUCCCUUCUCGCCAUUGUCGCGUUGGCGGCCGGAUACGAGGCACUUCGCGAGGGCAUUAGACAGUAUGAGGCAUGGACUAAUAAGAGGGUGGAGACUACGCCUCACCCUCGAGAACAGUAUCGCGAUGAUGAUGACGUUGAACCACAACUUGAAGAUGAAGAACGUCUUGCUGAGACUACCAUGCCGUGGUUACUAGGGCAAAAUGUGGCUGCAGUCACCAAGCGGGCCCACGCCAUCAAGUCGGUCUUGUAUGGGAUCCAGAACUUUUAUGCGUUCAUGAUCAUGCUCAUCUUCAUGACGUACAACGGCUGGGUCAUGCUGGCUUGCUCUUUGGGAGCUGCGUUGGGAUACUUCGUUUUUGGGUCCCGUACUACUGCUACCAAGGAAACUGCUUGCCAUUAGGAGGUGUCAUUGACGUGCUCAUGAGUGCACAAUUCUCAAACGUGAGGAGAAAAUCAUAUGGCUUGAGCGGCGAGGUGUUAUGGCCACUUUGCAUAGCGGCUGGUGAGAAGAGCGGCUAGAAGGGUCCGAAAAGUGCCAUCAGAGUGUUCCUAGAUGUAAUCGGCGGUUAAUACGAUGGGACGUAUGGGGUAUGUAUGUAUAUCCCCAUGAGAUAGGAUCUAGUUGACAGUUUUUUACCGUAUUAUAUAUAAUAACUGA